AUGGCACAGCUGCUUUCUCAUUUUAAGCCGCAAAAAGGAAGCGCUAUCGAAGGCACGCAAGCUCUCUAUCAACAAGAUCGUAUUGAACAGGCGAAAGCAAUUCUCGAGCUUUAUAUUUUGCGUCGUCUAAAGCACCAAGUUUUGAAUCAAUUGCCAAAGAAGACUGAAGAAGUUGCUACAAUAAACAUGGAAGCAGAACAGGCGGAUAUCUAUGAUUAUCAAUUAGAGGAAACACGACGAACUCUUGCCACGACUGGUCAACAAAUCCACAAUGUGACCGAAUUUGUGCUUCCCUCCAUCAUUCAAAAGGGCUCAUACAACAAGAGAUUCUGGGGACAAGUGCUCUCUCUACAAUUGAGGAGAAACGAACCACUCGGUGGUGGAUCUAUCCCCGAAAAGGACCAUCAAGUUCAUGAUGAUCGCGUGCAGUAUGUUUGGCAUUUGCGUCGGCUGCAUUAUCAUGAUUUAUUGACUCCAAGAGCGUGCUCGUUCUCAAUCUUACGCUGGAUCGUCUCCACCCGAGUCUUCCCCAUCUGCAAGACAAUCGUCGAAGUCGUCACGUCGUUCAUCCCACCGCCGUUCAUCUCGCCAGGUCUAGAUUAUUGCCUUCGCGGUCAUCUAUUCAUCACACAAGAUUUUCGAGAAGCGAUUGUUUACACGACUCCCAUCUACAAUGCAACUCGCGAUCCGGCGAUUAUCGUGAAAAUCGGCUCACCGACUCAAACGGUUUACUGCAAUUAUCUGGAUGUUGAUUACUAUGGAAUGAUCAUCAUUGAUGGAUACAAUCCCUCAAAAUCCAUUACGGCCAAGAAUAUCUCCGUGACUUCGGAUCAAGAAUUUACAAUUUUCAGAGCCAAAGUCGGCAACAAGACGAUCAAUCAAGCCGGUUAUGGUGCACUGUACUUGACAGAUGGAACUCACAACGCUCCAACCGCUGUACUUCAAGCUCUUGUUGCUGCAGGGAAUCUCAGCUGGUGUCCAGUGCAUCAACAAUACUGCUUCCCUUGCUCACAAACCGCCAAAAUGCCUUCACUUACAUUCUACAUUGAGGGUGAUCCGGUUGAGCUUCAGUGGUACGAUUACAUGGGUCAUCAGCCACCACUCACCGCUGAUUCGAGUAUUUCUGGUGAACAAAGUAACGUUUUCGAGAAAGCUUUCGCAAAAGCUGUCGAAGAGAAACGCCGUGAACAAUCACAGGAAAUGACCGAAGCAGAUUCAAUGCAAAGGAGUGUCUCCACAGCAAAACCACCUCGACCAACUCGACCACCCCGCAAAUACGGUUUCCUCUUUUUGUAUCGACUUCUAUGCACGAGACAUCUUACAAUUUGCAUUCUAAUGAUGGCCUGUUCAUUGGGUGGAGGAUAUUUGUUUUGGUUGACUGAGGGUCCAGCUGAGGAACAGGCAAUGGAGUCUAGCUUCGCCUCGGUGGAGGCAAAAAAUAUGGAGCUGUCAGCGAAAUUUGUUGAGAUCAUGAAGAACAAUGAGUCGGCUUUCCGAAAUGCAUCAGACAUACAAGAUUAUAUAAAGAAUUCCUACAAAUCGAUGCUAAAAGAGGAAGCUUUAUGGACGGGUUCCUCUUUUUACAAAGAGCAAGGAGCCGAUUUCAUGACUUGGAACUUCUGGUCUGCUACCUUCUAUGCAUCGAAUAUCUACAUGACUGUCGGAUACGGAUCAAUCCAAGGCUUCACAAGUCUCACGAAAGUCUUGACGAUCAUUUUCGGUUUCAUUUCGAUACCCUUCUCUUUUGUCGUGAUUCGUGAUCUUUCACAGUGGAUUCUCGUCGGUUGCACCAAGUGUUAUGCGAGAUUUUUGAUUAAUUGGAGAAAAGACCACGGUAUUUUGACGGAACCCGACGAGGACAUCUCCCUUCCUUACAAGCUCACAUUGGUGAUUUGGGUCGUGAAUUGGUUGGCUGUCUCAUUCCUCACGUGGAUCUACGACUCUCACAAUUACGAGGUCGAUUCCGGGAUCUCCUACUAUGGCUCAAUGUAUUUCACGUAUAUUACAUUGACCUCAAUUGGCAUGAGUGACGAGAUGCCGAAAAAUGUUACGACCUCUCCACUGAUAGCCUUUUGGAAUGUGAUCGGAUUGCCAAUCUAUAAGAUGGGUUUUCGAAUCUUAUACAUCGCUAUGGAAAACGGUAUCCUCGGCACUUUAUCCGUUUUCAAGCACAAAUUGGCUCACUUAGAUGGGAUCACUGAUCUCGACACUGCUGCUCUCGAGAAAUACGCACCUCAAAAAACCUCUCAACAGCAACAACAGCAAGACGUUCAACAUUUCGCCGCAUUGAAUGCAGAGGAAGAGAAAGAUCAAAUCCAAGAGAUGGUCAACAAUUUCACCGUUCGCUCUAUUGCCACUUUCAUGAAAUCUCAUGCCGACGCGUAUGGAGGAGGAUAUGGACGUGUUAAGGUGACUCGAGCUUCGAUGGUGGGUCGAGGUGAGAGUCGUGAUGAG